GAGGAACGCUGGUUAGACGGGCCAGGGACGGAGGUCAAACGGCGCGGCCGUCGUCUGUCGUGUGUGCCGUCUACGCGGUCGCUGUGAUCGACGGCUUGACGCGUGAGUUUGGCGACGUGCAUCUCUCCAGGAUAUCCUACAGGCAGCGACGCGCAGUCACAGGAAGGCGGUCGCAGCUGUUCAUGCACCCUAGACCCAGCGGGACAGACGCAACUGCAUCAAAUUUCAUUUUUCCUCGACGGCGCCGUCGACAUCGCGCGACGCAAUUCCCACCCCACCCGAAAAUCAUGGCUCGUCCUCCCACCAAUACCCACGUCUUUGACUGCAUCGUGGUGGGCGCGGGCCCGAACGGCCUCGCCCUCGCGGCGGAGCUCCGGUAUCAAGGCGUGACGAACUUCAUCGUGCUCGAUCGGCUCGCGACGCCCAACAUCCAGACGAAAGCCACCAUUGUGUGGCCUGGGUGCCUCGACCAGCUAGCCAAGUACAGCGGAGUCAUGGACACGAUCCAUAGCCGAUGCGAAUUCGUCCACCAAAUCGCGUACUCGACCAAGGACGGGUACUUUUCCAAGGUCCCGCUCGGCAAGUACUUUGCGUCGCGGUACAAGCACGGCGUGUUCGUGGAGCAGUGGCACACGGAAAAAGCGCUCACGAUGCACCUCGUCGAGCACAAUGUUGAGAUCCGCCGCCAGACGGAGCUCGAAUCGUACGAGUACAUCGCCCCCGACGUGAUCCAAGCCACGCUGGUGGUCAACCGAGGCCAGGUAGACGAAUUGACGCACGUGGUGUGUACCAAAUAUCUCGUGGGAUGCGACGGCGGUCGCUCGGUUGUCCGCAAGCUCAUGGGCGUGCCAUUCGAUGGCGAGACGCUUCCGCAUUCCAUGAUGAAUGCCCACAUACGGACAAAGGAGCCGUUGCCCGUCCAGCGCGACGAGCUGCGCCAGAUCUGCUUUGAAGCUGGGUCGAGCUUCAUCACGCCGCUGCCGGACAACUCGUACUUUGUCGCGAUCGACGUGUCCCAGCAACAGGACAAGUAUUGCUCGCCGACGGAAAAAACCAAGCACGGCGACCGUGUCCAGCUCGACUUUACGAUGGAACAGCUCGAAGACAUUUGUUCGGAGCGCAUCAUGCCCAUGCAGAUCGAGUCGGUGGUGUGGCAGUCGCAUUUUCGUGUGCCUCACCGCCUCGCGCGCAGUUUUGUCGACACUUCGUCGCACGUGUUCAUCGCGGGAGAUGCCGCGCACUGCCACACGCCGCUCAUGGGCCUCGGUCUCACGAUCGGGGUGCAGGAAGCGGUCAACCUCGGGUGGAAACUCGCGUUUGUCUUGUCUGGCCGCGCGCAGCCUUCCCUCCUUGCCACAUAUGCCUCCGAGCGCCGUGAAGCAGCGGCAGCGACGCUUCAAGUCCUCAAGAAGACAUCCACGGCGUUCCACGUGUACGGCCCUUUGAAGCUUCUGCUGCGCCGCAGCUCGCUCUGGUACAACUCGCAAACGGUGGCAUUUCAAAAGGGCAUGUCGGCCAGCAUGGACGGGUCGUACAUCCACUACGCGACAAGUCCGCUGAGUGUCAACCACAUCAUCGCCCCCACGCCUUCGUCGUGGAGUGGUCUGCAAGGGUGCCAAGAGCUCCUCGGGCUCCACGGUCACGCGUUGCCAAAAGUCCAAGCCGGCGAUCUCGCGCCGCACUUGGCCCGCGCCGACCCGGUCUUUUACCGCGGCACGGGCUUCAAGCUGCUCUUGUUUACCGGCAUCGGCCAUGGCGAGUUCACCCAUGGCCAGCUCCAAACGAUCGGAGACAAUCUCAUGCAUGACACGUGUGGAGUUGUGUCGUCGGCGAUGGUGGUGACGGCAGUCGAAGACCACCAAGCGUUUGAUGUGCAAGCCCCAGCCAUGUUUCUCGUCCGUCCCGACGGGUUCGUCGGCCUUCGCACCAACGUCGUGGACGAUGCGAGAAUUGUCAUGACGUAUUUGGCGACGCGGGUGGGCAUCCGAGGCAUCAAAGCGUCCGACAUGACGUUGGAUGCCACCCCAACGCGGACAGGAUCCAAGUCGUGGUCGCUUUUGUGGGCCGCCCCGGUCGUCAUGGGCAUGGUUACGGUCGGCGCGGCCAUCCUGAAGCUCACUGUUCCUGCCAUGUCCCGCGUGCAUGCGUAG